GCAGAUAGGAUGGACGGACGGACGGACGGACGGAGAGCAGCAGCAGCAGCAGCGAGAGGAGAAGAAUACAUGGCACUGAAGGUGUAUUGAUUUGUAACGUCACGGGCAACAUCUCGAGAGAAAGGGUCAACCAACAUCCCAUGGUUCUCAACUCCAGCUCCCCCAGUCGAAGUCAGGGCCUGAAAGCAGUCAAGCUAGUUCUGCUCUUCGUAUUUGUGAACAACAGCGCACCAAUUCAAACAUGGGCCUCACAUGCUCGCACUGGUAAUCCCACCAGGACCUCUCGAAGGAGUGUACAAACACUUCGCUUGAGAGGUUUCGGACCGCUUCUCUAUGAGAAGCAGCAGAAGCAACAUCAUAAUACAAAGAAGAGCAAGAAGAUUGAAGAAGAAUCUUCAAAACUUCAAUGCACAUAUGAGAAGUUGAACAUGUCAGAUCCUAAUAUGUUUUCGUAUGAGACGUAUGAUAUCGAUCCGGGGAAAGCUUUCCUCUUCGAUGAUGGUCCCUUCAAUGCCGAAAAUUGCACAGAAGUAGCUUCCAAUGAGACAGCGUACGCAGUAAGACUGACCGAGGAAGCCUUUAAUCCCACCCUUUUCGGCGACAACGAAAGUGAAGUUGGAUGGAAUGCAUCGUUUUCGUUUCCUAGCCUCCCACAAGUCGUGAGGGGUAACGAGAACUACACAGACGACUCUGAAGACGACAGCAAUGCCGAGAU